UGCCAGAGCAGCACUUGCACUCGCAGGGGGCCAUGGUGAUAGAUAGGGUAGUAGUAUGUAUAUAUACUAUGAAAGUAUUUGAAGAAAAGUGAAGUAUAUUCCGUAAUGAACAGACAGCAGUGGAUGAGCGAGAAUAAGAAAGAGCGAGGAUGUGGGAUAGAAGAGGGUCUUUAUAUGCUUUUCUCGAAGAGCAACAAAUGCUAUGCUGUACGACUGUUUGCUUUACUUUUUGCCCCUCCUCAACCCAUCCUAUCCAUCCAUCCCUGGAAUAAGAAUCUGCCAGGUGACGGAUGGGGAUAAUCGGUUUUGAGUUGCAGUGGAUACACGAUGGGUACUACUACUUGCUGUGUCCCACAGUAGUAGUACUACUA